UGAGAAAGUGACGAGGGCUUGAUGUAGGGGUGUUGUAGAGGGCUCGAGCAUUGUUUUAUUUUUAUUUUUUUUAGAAGAGUGGCACACCAAAGAUUUGCAGAAGACACGGCCAAAAUGCUCUGCCACGUUACUCGUCCGGAUUCGGUGGUGAUGGAAGUGGAAGUUGACGCGAAGGCGAACGGUGAAGACUGUCUGAAUAAGGUUUGCAGAAAGUUGGGCAUAAUUGAAGUGGACUACUUUGGGCUGCAGUUCACGGGCAGCAAAGGAGAGAACCUGUGGCUGAAUCUGAGGAACCGCAUCUGCCAGCAGAUGGAUAAUGUGGCGCCCUGUCGGCUGAGGCUGCGCGUCAAGUUCUUCGUGGAGCCUCAUCUGAUUCUGCAGGAACAGACGAGGCACGUCUUCUUCAUGCAUGUGAAGGAGGACCUCCAUAACGGUCACCUACGCAUGGGCUCAGAACAAGCGGAGGAGCUGAGUGCGCUCCUGGCACAGGCCGAGUUUGGUGACUACAACCAAAACACAGCCCAGUACUGGUACUCAGAGCUGUGCGGAGAGGAGCCCAGCACUGCCACUAUCGACAGCAUCAUAUCCAGACACAAGGCUCUUGAGGGUUCGAGCCAGGGCUCAGUGGAGUAUCAGGCCCUGCAGCUGGUCUCCUCUCUGGAGCAUUACGGGGUGGAGUGGCACUGGGCUCGUGAUUCAAAUGGCCAACGGUUGGCCAUAGGAGUCGGCCCCGAGGGGAUAGCCGUUUGCAAGGAGGACUUCAGCUUAGUCAACAGAGUAAGCUAUCCAGUCAUCCAGAUUGCCACCCAGUCAGGGAAAACCGUGUACCUGACAGUAACUAAGGACACAAGUGACAGCGUGGUGCUUCUGUUCAAGCUCAUCAGUAACCGGGCAGCCAGUGGCCUUUACCGGGCCAUCACAGAGACACAUGCCUUCUACAGGUGCGACACGGUCACUAAUGCAGUGAUGAUGCAGUACAGCAGAGACUUUAAGGGCCACCUGGCUUCACUUUUCCUCAAUGAAAACAUCAACCUGGGCAAGAAGUACGUUUUUGACAUCCGACGCACCUCCAAGGAAGUGUACGACCACGCCCGUCGUGCCCUCUACAACUCCGGCGUUGUGGACCUGGUGUCCCGCUCUGGCAGCGGCGAGCGCUCCUCUCCUUCACGCUCCCCGAGCAGAGGCGACCAGCAGGACGACGGGCUGGACUGCGGCAGCUGCCAGCAGAGCCGGGCCCUGCAGGAGCGGCUGCAGAAGCUCAGGGAGGCUCUGCUGUGCAUGCUGUGCUGCGAGGAGGAGAUAGAUGCCGCGUUCUGCCCCUGCGGCCACAUGGUGUGCUGCCAGACCUGCGCCAAUCAGCUCCAGCUGUGUCCUGUGUGCCGGUCGGAGGUGGAGCACGUGCAGCACAUCUACCUGCCCACCUGCACCAGCCUGCUGAACCUGACACUGACUGACAACCACCAACAUCGCAGCAGCACCAGCGGCGGCAUCCCGGCACCCAUCCACAGAGAAAUGGCUUCUCCUCACAGCUGCUCUGCCACAGAGUACGACCACAAGAUCUACCACACGUAAAGACAACUCCACGAAAGCCCACCGAACUCCACUCUGAACACUUUGAAGCUGGACCAGCCAGAUUAACGUUUCAUUCAGAAGGAACACUUCGCGUCCGACUGGACUCCAUGAACUACCAAACAUAUAGAAACUCCUGAGCAAAAUCAAAGACCGACACAUUCAAAACCACUCCCUCAACUAGUGUGUGUGUUUUACUAUUUCACUUCGUCCCUUUGGACUGACUGAGUUUGUCUGGUCUGUUCUUAGUAUUGUUAUUAGCUGUCCAAAUCUUGUAUGUUUCUCCCCUGCCUCCACAUGAUUUUACAUUAGGCUCUUAUUUUUCUUUAAAUUAUUGCAUCAGUUGACCUGAUACAGAAUAGAAAAAUUAUGCUUUGAAUUUAUAUGCUGGUUGUUUUUCUUUGCCCCAUAUCUGGCCCCAGAACUUGAACCAUAUGAUGAGCGUAUGUGUUUUACAAUGGCUGAACACUGUACAUAGUGGUUGAGACUUCUUUUGUUUUGUUUUUUUAUGCUCCCUGAUAUUUUAACGCUCAUCUGUUUUGAUUUGAGAACAGAAUGUACCAGAGUGGAAUGCAUUGUUUUAUAUUUGAUUUUUUUCAUUUAUUUUUCACGUUCCAUGUUUUCCAUGCCAAUUAGGUGGGUAUUUAGAGGCUAACCAGCACUGCUCUGGGUAUAGCACUGCAAACUACUAAGACACACCAGGUGCUAAGGCCGCCCAGGUCCCGGUAUGGUGAUCUGUGGGUUAAAUGGAAGUUUCUUUUAGCCCACAAGAACUGUGACCAUGGACGUAAAAUGCAGUAUCUGGCAGACACUCCUCCAGCCUCCUUCACUGCGAAACAGGUCUUGUUGAUUAACUGCCACUCGUCCAAAACAACAAGCCCAAUACAGCUGCAUCUUGAAAUUUUUAUCUCCAUGCCAACAAACAGUUAAUUAAGAGCACAAAAUGCUCUUCUACUAGACGAAGGACCACAAGGUUCUAUACUGUGUCUGUAUAUAUAUUUAAAAAACAGGAAUUUGUCCAGCAGCAGCUGGUUCCUCUGAAGACCUCAGCUAUAAAUUUCUUCUCUGGGGUGUACUAGUGAGUUCCUUUUAUAUUUUUAAAGGGUACUAGGAGAUCUAUCUGUGCAAUACUUGCUUGCUUUUUGAAAAGCUUUUCAUUUAUUUAAUUUCAAAGACUAUAUUUAAAAGGAAAAAAAACAAACUACGUUGUCACUUUACCAAGGAAGUUUUCCACACGUCUGUAGGGGGUUUGGCCUUAAUGUAGCAGCAACACCGUGUUUGUAAUGAACUUUCCGCAGACUUUUUUUUCUGGCAAGAAAAGGAAAACUGUAUUUCUUUAACGCUGACUCGAUUUAAGCUCGGUCACUGCAGGGGAAGGACUUUUAUUUUUCACAUUGUACAAGUAGCGAUUUGUUUCUGUUUUCUGAAGCAAAAGCCACUAUGCUCUGUAAAAUAACUCUUAGAAUGAAAUCAUUUUUAUAUAUUCUGUUUUUAACAAAAGAAAAAGUAUUAAUAAAGUUGUUUUUUA